AUUUCCUUUGAUUUCCGGUAGGGAGCUCGGAGCCUUUGCCGGGUUUUGAUGGCCGGUUCCGGUACUCCUUCCUUAAGGGCCUACAGGAGACCAGCUGAUGGCUGGCCCCAGGAACUGGUGACGUUCAGCGACGUGGCGGUGUAUCUCUCGAAGGAGGAAUGGGGCCAGCUGGACCCUUCUCAGAGAGCCCUCUACAAAGAUGUGAUGCUGGAGAAUUAUGGGAAUGUAGUCUCACUUGGUCUUUCUCUUUGCAAGCCUGAAAUGAUCUCCCAGCUGGAGCAAGGAAAAAUGCCCUGGGUCCCAGAUCUGCAGGGAACAGAAGACGAUCAGACCACCUGGCCUGAUGAUGGGCCUGAGAAGGGUAACAUGGAAUCUCUUCAUAAUCAGGAAGUAGCUAAUGAUGAAUCUCAGUGGAUUUUAUUGGCAGGGAUCCCUAGGGAACAAGGCUGGGAACCUACAAACCUUGCCUAUCUUAGCAGGUUAGAGGGGCCCCAACAAAACCCAGCAGAGAAGAGGCUGAGGUAUUCCCCUUCGCAGCCCCCAAGUACCAGGCUUGUUAUGACUGUCACCCCCAGGAAAAGGGUCACAGAGGAGAGCAACCGUGAGUCCCGUGGGCGGGAGUGGAGCUGUGAGCCAAGCCGCCAUCCGAUUACCCACAAGGGAGAUCUGAUGAGGGAGCAGCCCCAGAGUUAUAAUUCAUAUAACCAUACCCUCAAGCAAAAUUCAGAAUGCGUGAGACACAUGAGAAAUCAUAGGACUGAGAAACCCUAUAAAUGUAAUGAAUGUGGGAAAGCCUUCAGCAGAAGCUCACAUCUCAUUCGACAUCAGAGUAUUCACAAUGCAGAAAAGCCCUAUGAGUGUACCGAAUGUGGGAAAGCCUUCAGUCAGAGAUCAUCCCUUAUUGGACAUCAAAAAAUUCACAGUGGAGACAAGCCCUAUAAAUGUAAUGAAUGUGGGAUUGCCUUCAUCUGGAGUUCACACCUCAUUCAACAUCAAAAAAUUCAUAGUGGAGAGAAACCCUAUGAAUGUACUGAAUGUGGGAAAGCCUUCAGUAGGAGCUCAUAUCUUAUCGGACAUCAGCGAAUUCAUAGUGGCGAGAAACCAUAUGAGUGCAACGAAUGUGGGAAAACUUUCAGGUGGAGAUCAGCUCUUAAUGAUCAUCAUAGUAUACAUAAUGGAGAAAAACCCUAUGAAUGCAAUGAGUGUGGGAAGGCCUUUGGGGGGAGAUCACACCUGAUUCGGCAUCAUAGAAUCCAUAGUGGGGAGAAACCCUAUGAAUGUAAUGAAUGUGAAAAAGCCUUCAGUAGGAACUCACAUCUUAUUCGACAUCAGAAAGUUCACAGUGGAGAGAAAUUCUGUGAAUGUGAUAGAGGCAGCGGAAGUGGCAGGCCGGCCUCCGCAGCCCACGGGGGCGGUCGCUUGGGGGUGGGGCCGCACUUCCGGCCCCGCCAUCGUCCGUCGGCUCAGGCCGGUCGCAGUUCUAGUUUUCUUUCCCACCCUGCCCAGGAGGGCCCAGGAGACAAAGAGAUGGCAGCUCCAAUCGUGACACUCAGGUCUCAGGAGGUGGUGACAUUUGAGGAUGUGGCAGUGUAUUUCACUGAGGAGGAAUGGGAUCGAUUACACCCUGGUCAGAGGACCCUAUACCGGGACGUGAUGCUGGAGAAUUACAUGAAUGUUACCUCGCUCGGGAUUCCUAUCUCCAAGCCCGAUGUGAUUUCCAAGCUGGAACAAGGGGCAAUGCCAUGGAUCACAGACCUUCAAGGUGGGGCACGUGGAGAGGACCAGGCCACCUGGGCAGGUGAUGGCAUUAAGAUUGAGAACGAGGAGGAGCCUAUUUCAAAGCCGGAAAUGUCUGAAGACAUUGCAUCACAAUGGACUUUGUUGGCAGGAUUCCCAUGGGCCAUUCCUCAGGGGUUUGCCUUUGGAGAUGUCUCUGCAUGUGAAAACAGGUUAGAGAGGCAGCAAGGUGACCCAGGGAGUUGUACCCUAUCCCAGGAGAGAGGUUUCAGCAUUAUGGGUAUAAACCCCAACCAAGUCUCUGUAGAGCAGAGAGGCCAUGAAUAUAGUGAUUAUAGGAGAAACUGUGGUCUGAGCUUCCCUUUACAUAUGGGACUGACAGUACAGGAUUUCCCUGUUCCGUAUGAAGGAGCUCCCACAGGAGGGAGAACUCAGAGACAUGAUGAAUAUAACCACAACUUUAGCCUGAAUCCAGAGUCUGUAAGACAGAGAAUCCAUAGUAGAGUAAAGCGUUAUGAAUGUAACGAAUGUGGGAAUGCCUUUAGUAAAACCUCAUAUCUUAUUGUACAUCAAAGAUUUCAUAGUGGAGAGAAACCCUAUAAAUGUAAUGAAUGUGGGAAAGCCUUCAGUCAGACCUCAAACCUUAUUGUACAUCAGAGGAUUCAUAGCGGAGAGAAACCUUACGAAUGUAAUGAAUGUGGCAGAGCCUUCACAGCAAGGUCAGGCCUGAAGCAACACCAGAGAAUCCAUAGUGGAGAGAAACCCUACAAAUGUAAUGAAUGUGGGAAAGCCUUCAAAGAAACUGCACACCUCAUUCAACACCAGAGAAUUCAUAGCGGAGAGAAACCCUAUAAAUGUAAUGAUUGUGGGAAAGCCUUCAGUCAGAUUUCAUCCCUCAUUGGGCAUCAGAGAAUUCAUACUGGAGAGAAACCUUAUAAAUGCAAUGAAUGUGAAAAGAACUUUAGGUGUGCUUCACACCUCAUUCGACAUCAGAGAAUUCAUAGUGGAGAGGAACCUUAUAAGUGUAGUGAUUGUGGAAAAGCCUUCAAUAAGAUUUCAACCUUUAUUCUCCAUCAGAGAAUUCAUAGUGGAGAGAAACCCUAUAAAUGUAAUGAGUGUGGAAAAAUCUUCAAGGGUACUACCCAACUUAUUCAACAUCAGAGAAUUCAUAGUGGAGAGAAGCCCUAUGAAUGUAAUGAAUGUGGGAAAGCUUUUACUCAGAUCUCAAACCUUAUUAUACAUCAGGGAAUUCACAGUGGAGAGAAACCAUACAAAUGUAAUGAAUGUGGGAAAGCGUUCAGACUGCGCUCACAUUUUAUUACCCAUCAGAGAGUUCAUACUGGAGAAAAACCCUAUGAAUGCAAUGAAUGUGGGAAAGCCUUCAGUCAGACCUCAAACCUAAUUGUACAUCAGAGGAUUCAUAGGGGAGAGAAACCUUGUAAAUGUAAUGAAUGUGGAAAAGCCUUCAGAUGGAGCUCAGAGCUCAUUUUACAUAAAAGAAUUCAUUUUGGAGAGAAACCAUAUAAAUAUGAUGAACACGAGAAAGCCUUCAAACAGAGCUCAGAGCUUAUUUCACAUGAGAAAAUCCACCCUAAAGAGUAACAUUCUGGGUCUAAUAAAUGUGAGGAAAGCUUCAGUCACUCUUGUAGCUUUUCAAGCCCCAGAAAAUUCACGCUAUGGCUAGACUCCAUAUAGUAUUGUAAAAGUACUGAAGGUGAGCUUAUGUGUCUAUCUAUGACUUGCUUUGUUUUACACCAAAACCAGUGUUAUGUUGCUGAUUGGCCUUCAAUCAUGUCAAUUCAAAUUUCAUGCCUUGCUGCUGCCAUGCUAUAGUUGAGGCCCUCAGAGGCCAUCUGUCACAAGCAAUUGCCUAUUAACGCAUCUUCCUGCCUCCAGGCUCUGCUUUUAUUUUUUUUAUUUACCUCUUUCCUGUCUAAGGCUUUUGGAUUAACUUUGCUAGAUCAUCACUUUAAUCAUGUCUUCCAGAACCCACAUUGUCGCUGGAUUGGCUAGGCCACCACCUAGCUGACGCCACCCUGCCUAUCCAGCUUUAUUUCUGGUUACUUCCAAAUACAAAUGCUUCACUCGGGCUGAUUACAGCCUUGGUUAGAUCUACUGAGCUGGUGAUGCCCAGGGUUACUUUAGAGAGGCAGAGUAUUUUUAGAGACAGACAAAAUGUAUUGAGAGAAAGUUGAGAUCGAGGAUUGGAAAAGAAAAGGACGUUGAGUUUGCUUUAAUCCAAGGACAGGAAAAGCAGUAAUUUGCUUUUUCCCUCUAGUAAUAACAGCCACCCAUGAUAUAAUACUUUGAGCACUUUUAUGUAUAUUAUCUCUUAAAUUUCACGACAGCCCUGUGAGGUAGAGUUCUAGAGGUGUUAACUCAAUUUUGCAAAUGAAACAGACCCUGAGAGCUUGUGAUUUGUCCAUGGUCACAUAGCUAGUGUCAGGCAAGAGUCAAGUCGAAGUCUCUUUUUUGUGCUUUCUACCAGACUUUACUGUGGAGAGGAAAGAGAGUUCUUGACUUGAGCACCCCUUUCGUGUUCUAGACUAGAGGGUAGGCUGCCCAGAAGAUCCAACAGGAACCAAGGCUUAGGGAAGGGGCCUUUGGACUCAGGCAGGUAUUUCCCUCUUGUGUGUCCCCUCUAAGAACCUUCUAUUGUGCCACAGGAAGCGUAGCUGAAUUUCAAGUUAAAGAGCAUGAGUUCUAAUCCUGGCAGUUAGCAAAUCCCUUUCAGCUCCAGGGCCUUACUUGGCCUAGAUGGCUUCCAAGGCCUCUUCUGCUUCUAAAUUGAGAAGCCUAUGAUUCUAAAGCUUUUCUUUUCAUGUUCUUCCCAUCGAGUGCUCAUGGAAUUCAAACAUGUCUGGUUUGCUGCGUAAUUGGACCUACAGUAGCUGCUGACUCGUGGCUAAUGCCCUUUGUGAUACAAUUUAUGCUCCUAAUUUCCUCACUUAUCCAAUCCAACUUUGUGGGUCUUCAUUCUUACAAAUCAGUGUAAUGCUGUUCAGUUCCAUACUGACUAAAUCCAGCUGUCAUAGCCUGUCAUAAAAUGCCUUCGGUAAUCUGGCCCCUGUCUACCUCUGAAACCUUUUCUUCUGCUACUACACAUAAGAGUAUGUCUAGAAGAGGGUGACCAGGAUGAUGAGAGGAGUAGGACGUAUGUUACCUGAGUGCAGGUGUUUAGCCUGAAAAAUAGAAGAGUUGGGGGGGGGGACAGGAUAGCUAUUUUCAAGUAUUUGAAGAGUUAUUUUGUGAAAGAGGGAUUUCACUUGUUCUGCCUAGCCCUGAAGGACAGAACCAGAAGGAACCGGGUAGACGUUGCAGAGGCAGAUUUGGCCUUAAUGUAAGGAAAAAGCUACCCAGCAGUGGAAGGGCAUCACCUCCAGGUGAUGGGUUUUCCUCAUUGGAGGCUUUCUCAGAGGGGAUUCUUGUUGAUUUACAUUUUGGCCUAGUGGCUUCUGGGACACUCCUCUAGACUCUUUAACCAAGCUGGCCUCCACUUGAUUCCCUCAGCAGAACUUAACCGUUCUUGGAGGCCAAAGGCCUAGUGUCAAAUCCUGUCCACCUCCUAGCUUUGUGACGUUAGGUAAUUCACUUCACCUCUCAGCCUCAGUCUCCUCAUCUGUAAAAUAGGGAUUAGAAGAACCUGCCCUGUCUUAAUCAGGGAUUUUUUUGGAGCAUGUGAAAAUGCUUUGUAAACUUGAAAGAACGAUACAAAUGGAAGCUAUUUGAAUUCCCGCCUCUGUGCCUUUGCCCAUACUGUUUCUCUUACCUGAAAUGCCUUUUCCCUUUUAUUCAGCUUAUUUAGAUACCACCCUUCAAGGGCUAGAGCAUCCUCCAUUAAAUCUGCCCCAACCACUCCCACACUUAGUAUCACCCUGAACUCCUGUGGCACCUACUGCAGACAAGCAGUAAGUCCCCUGUCACUGAAGGUCUUCAGGUCGAGGCUAGGUGACUGCUCAUCAGGGAUGUUGUAGGGACAGUUCCUGUUCACAUAUGGCUUAGACAAAGUGGCUCUUACACUUGUGAGAGUCUGUGUUGCUACUAUUGUUUGUAUUAUUUAUUUGGCACUUAACAUAUGCUACCUUGUAUUUUGGAUUUAUUAAUGUAUGUGCCCUGGCCCUGCCGCUUACUAGCCAUGUAACCUUGGGUAAAUAUUCUCUGAUCCUCAAGUCUAUUUGUCUGUAAAGUGGAGAUAAUGCUACCUGCCCUGCCUGUCACUGGGUUGUUGUGAGGAUCUAUGUGAAAACAUCUUGUGACCUGUGAAGUGCUACCCAAAUGUAAGGUGGUAUUUGUAUUGUCUUUCCAACUUGACUGUACACCCCACAAAGGUAAAAUAUCUGCUCUUAUCCCUCUCUAUAUCCCCAGGGUUUCGCACUGUGCCCCCCACACAGAUGCACAAUAAAUGUUUAAUGCCAGUG